UUUUCCUGGAGGGGAAAGAAGGAGGCGGGGUGGGAGGGUGAGGGGGAGAAACCAAAGCCAAGAUGGUCUCCCCGUGUCCUCUGUCCCCUUUUUCCCCCUUUCCCCUUCUGUCACCUCAAUAGGAAUCAGCUUUUUCUUGCUCUGUCCAGAGCUUUGCUUCUCCUCAGCCUCUUGAGAAGACUCCAGGAAGGAAACCAAGAUGGAUUAUAGUUCCUUCAGUGGUGUCCCCAGGUUCCUGACCCGACCGAAGGCAUUUAUGGUGUCUGUGGGGAAAGAUGCCACCUUGAGCUGCCAGAUCAUUGGAAACCCCAUCCCAGUGGUGAGCUGGGAAAAGGAUAAACUUCCAGUCGAGUCUGGAGGGAGGUUUAAAACCACAGAAGAUGGUGAUCUCUACCGUUUGACCAUCUAUGACCUGAGCCUGGAGGACAGUGGGCAGUACAUCUGCAGGGCCAAGAACACCAUCGGCGAAGCUUUCGCUGCCGUCAGCAUCAAAGUGGGAGAGGAGACCACAGUGACAGAGUCAGCCCCGUACUUCAUCCAGAAACCCUCCUCCAUUAGAGUAACUUUGGGAGAAGAUGCCCUGUUCAAAUGCAAAGUCCAAGGCAGCCCUCCCCUCUCGGUCAACUGGGAGAAGGAUGGGAGGUACCUGAGGAACAGGGCUGAUGCCGGACGCGUCCAGAUCGAGUCUGCUGGGGAGUCCAACGCUCUCACCAUCCAGUGUGCUCGUCUGGGGGACAGUGGCACCUACACCUGCCGGGCAGAGAACCUCCUUGGCUCUGCCAGUGCUUCUGCUGCACUGGUGGUGGAAACCCAGGGCUCCUCCAACCCUGGCAGCAGCCACUUCAACCCCAGCUGUGGGAAGACGACCUCCUUGCUGUCCCACCUGCAAAAGCGUCGAGAGGAGAUCAGGAAGGUGGACAUCUCCCACGGGGCUCUGGAUUCAACAUCUCCCCAGCCUUACUCCCUGGCUGAAGGGUUGUCUGGCAGCAGCUACAACGUCUCCAGGGAUUAUGAGAGAGGGGCUGGACUCACCACCAAAGGUCCCCGCAAUGCCACUUUCGGGGUGCUGACCCGAACCUGCAGUGUGACUGAGGGCAAGCAUGCCAAGCUGAGCUGCUAUGUCACAGGGGAGCCCAAGCCAGAGAUUGUCUGGAAGAAGGACAACGAGGUCAUUUUGGAAGGGAGGAGGCACGUCAUCUAUGAGGAUGACCAGGAGAACUUUGUGCUGAAGAUCCUCUUCUGCAAGCAGGUGGACAACGGGCUGUACACCUGCACAGCUUCCAACCUGGCAGGAGAGACCUACAGCUCCGUGCUGGUCACUGUCAAAGAACCCUCGGUACCCUUCAAGGAGAAACUGAAGGAUCUGGAAGUGAGGGAGAAGGAAUCUGCCACCUUCCAGUGUGAAGUGCCUGUUCCCAGCACAGAGACAGCUUGGUUCAAGGAGGAAACCAAACUCAGGCAGAGCACCAAGUACAGCAUCGAAGAGGAGGGCACGUACCGCCGGCUCACCGUCCAAAAUGUCACAGCAGAUGAUGAUGCUGUUUAUAUCUGUGAGAUGAAAGAAGGGAGCAGGACCAUUGCAGAGCUCUCUGUCCAAGGAAACAUCAUUAAAAAGCUUCCAAGAAAGACUGCAGUCUUCACAAAUGACACAGCCAUCUUCUGUGUAGAGUUGGACAAUGAAUGCCAGAACAUCCAAUGGCUGAAAAAUAAAGAAGAAGUGAAACCCAGCGACCGCAUCUCCAUCACAUCCUCUGGCAGACAACACACCAUGAUCAUCCGGGAGUGUAAGAUGGAAGAUGCUGGUGAAAUUGCCUUCCUGGCUGAUGAGAGCAGAACUUCUACCCAAUUCACUGUGACCACUCCCAAAAAACCUCCAACCCAACCCCCAGCUGACCCCGUGGUGAAAAAUAAAACAGAAACCUCAGUGACUCUGGGCUGGUCCCCUCCCCGGACCACCCGCCCCGUGCCCAUCGACGGCUACGUCCUGGAACGCAAGAAACUCUCUGGCUUCACCUGGGUGAGGUGCCACCAGUCCCACGUCCCUGGACUGGAGUUCACGGUGACAAAUCUCUCCGAGGAAGCUGACUACCAGUUCCGAGUCUCUGCGGUCAACACCCAUGGGCAGAGCCCUUACCUGGAGUUCCCUGGGGCCGUGCACCUUGAACCAGUCCUGGCUGUGAAAACCCCCCUGACAACAGUUGAAGCUGUAGCUGGAGGGGAUGCUCUGUUUACUGUUGACCUCACGAAGACAUCUUCUGGCACUUGGUACCUGAAUGGCAAAGUCUUAGAGGAAAGUGAGACUUACACCAUGAAGAGAACUCAAACUACUCACACCCUCAUCAUAAAGAACGUCUCCAAAAGCCUUGAUGGAGCAGAGGUGAAAUUUGUUGCCAGUGAUGUUGAAACCAGCACCAAGAUGAGAGUGAAAGGUGCUGCAGUGAGAUUCACCAACAAGAGCAGAGACAUAGAAAAAGUUUCUGCUCGGCUGCGGGAGGAAACCAAACUUCAGGCUGAGCUUUCAGACACAGGAGUUACUGUGAAGUGGAUGAAAGAUGGGAAAGAACUCAAGGCCAGUGAAAAACAUGAACUUCAAACCUUGGGGAAGAGCCACAUCCUGAAAAUCCGCAACACUUCAGAAGAAGAUGCUGGGGUUUAUGAGUGCAUCUGUGAAGGGGAUAAAAUGCUCUACCAGCUUUCAGUGAAAGCACUUCCAAACUUCAUAAACAAAGAGAAAACUGGAGGAAUUAUCACAGCCACUACUGGGAAACAAGCUGAAUUUGUUUCUGAGACCUCUGAGGCCAACAUCCUGGUUCAGUGGUACAAAGAUGGCAAGGAAAUCACUGCCAGUAAGAAAUUCACCAUGGAAGAUAAAGGAAAACUGCAUAAACUUGUGGCUUCAGCUGUGACAAAAGAAGAUGAAGGGACAUACACAUGCAAAAUUGGAGAUGACACUCUGAGUUUUGAUUUAAAAGUCUCAGAUGAAGCUGUUCAUUUUAUCAACAAGCCCAAGACCACUCCAGAAAUAUCAGUCAGUCCUUCUGAAACCCUUGAGCUGGUGUGUGAGGUGUCAGCUGCAAGUGGUGCUGUGGUGUGGAAGAAGGAUCAGAGUGAGGUGAAGCAGGACCAGAGGACGAUGCUCACCAGCCAGGGGACACAGCGCAAGCUCGUCGUCAAGAAGGUGACACAGCAAGACCAAGGGAGCUAUAGCUGUGAAACUAAGGAUGACAGGACAACAUUCCAAGUCAAAGUCAGAGAGGCAGAAGAUGUGUUUACAAAGAAGGAGAAGGUGCAGAAGGAGGUGAAAGCUGCACUGUCAGAAAACGCCACACUGAGCUGUGAGGUGGCCCAGGAGAAGACUGAGGUGAAAUGGUACAAGGAGGGGAAACUGAUCACCUCGAGCAAGAAAUUCAAGGUGGAGUCUGAGGGCAAAUCCCGUCGGCUGGUGGUGGGUCAGGUGGAGAAGAAAGAUGCUGGGGAAUACACCUGUGAGGCUGCUGGCCAGAAAAUCACCUUCAGGAUUGAUGUCACAGAGGCAGAAGAUGCAUUUGUCAACAAGGAGAAGGUGCAGAAGGAGGUGAAAGCUGCACUGUCAGAAAACACCACACUGAGCUGUGAGGUGGCCCAGGAGAAGACUGAGGUGAAAUGGUACAAGGAGGGGAAACUGAUCACCUCAAGCAAGAAAUUCAAGGUGGAGUCGGAGGGCAAAUCCCGUCGGCUGGUGGUGGGUCAGGUGGAGAAGAAAGAUGCUGGGGAAUACACCUGUGAGGCUGCUGGCCAGAAAAUUACCUUCAGGAUUGAUGUCACAGAAGCAGAGGAAGCUUUCACCAACAAGGAGAAGGUGCAGAAGGAGGUGAAAGCUGCACUGUCAGAAAACGCCACACUGAGCUGUGAGGUGGCCCAGGAGAAGACUGAGGUGAAAUGGUACAAGGAGGGGAAACUGAUCACCUCGAGCAAGAAAUUCAAGGUGGAGUCUGAGGGCAAAUCCCGUCGGCUGGUGGUGGGUCAGGUGGAGAAGAAAGAUGCUGGGGAAUACACCUGUGAGGCUGCUGGCCAGAAAAUCACCUUCAAGUUAGACAUCCCAGAUGAUGUGUUUGAACACAAAGAUAAAGUGCAGAAGGAGGUGAAGACAACGCUGGAGGAGAACAUCACACUGAGCUGUGAGGUGGCCCAGGAGAAGACUGAGGUGAAAUGGUACAAGGAGGGGAAACUGAUCACCUCAAGCAAGAAAUUCAAGGUGGAGUCCGAGGGCAAAUCCCGUCGGCUGGUGGUGGGUCAGGUGGAGAAGAAAGAUGCUGGGGAAUACACCUGUGAGGCUGCUGGCCAGAAAAUCACCUUCAAGAUUGAUGUCACAGAGCCAGAAGUGGUGUUUACAAACAAGGAGAAGGUGCAGAAGGAGGUGAAAUCUGCACUGUCAGAAAAUGCCACACUGAGCUGUGAGGUGGCCCAGGAGAAGACUGAGGUGAAAUGGUACAAGGAGGGGAAACUGAUCACCUCGAGCAAGAAAUUCAAGGUGGAGUCGGAGGGCAAAUCCCGUCGGCUGGUGGUGGGUCAGGUAGAGAAGAAAGAUGCUGGGGAAUACACCUGUGAGGCUGCUGGCCAGAAAAUCACCUUCAGGAUUGAUGUCACAGAGCCAAAAGUUGCCUUUAUAAACCAGGAAAAAGUCCAGAAGGAGGUGAAUGCUGUCCUGACAGAAAGUGCCACCCUCUGCUGUGAGGUGGCACAGGAUGAAACCGAAGUCAAAUGGUACAAGGAUGGGAGACUUCUUGCUUCUUCUAGGAAAUUCAAAACGGAGACUGUGGGCAAAACCCGGCGCUUGGUUAUAAACCAACUGGAGAAGAAAGAUGCUGGGGAAUAUACUUGUGAGGCUGCAGGCCAGAAGAUGACCUUCAAAUUGGAACCAACUGAGCCAGAGGCUAAAUUUGAAAACAAAAUCAUCCAGAAGGAACCUCUCGUUGUUCAAGAACAUGAAAGCAUCACUCUGACUACUACAGUAACACCUGAAACUGCUGCAGUGAAGUGGCUCAAGGAUGGAACAGAAAUCAAGGCCAGCAAGAAAUAUGAGAUCAAGAGUGAGGGGUCAUCCAGGACCCUGACAGUGAAGCUGGCUGAGGGCACAGACACUGCUGUGUACACUUGCCAGACAAAGAAUGACAAGCAGGAAUUCAAAGUGCAAGUGAAAGAAAUCCCAGUGAAGUUUACCAAAAAACUUGAAGCUGGUAAUGCUGAGAUUGGGGGCAGCACCUCUUUGAGCUGUGAGGUGAGCCAUGCCAGAGGGAAGGUGGUGUGGAGCAGGAAUGGUGUUGAGAUCAAGCCCAGCAAACGCUUCCAGAUCCAUGAGGAAGGGGUCAAGAGGACACUGACAAUAACAGGGAUCAGGGCUGAGGAUGAAGGAGAAUAUUCCUGUGCAUCCAGAGAUGACAAAACCAACAUUACCAUCACCCCUAAAGCUCCCAGAGUGGUGAAAUUCAUUACAAGCCUCAACAGUGUGGUCUCUGAGGAAGGAAAAGAGGCUGUGUUCAGGUGCACUGUCUCUCCCAGUGAUGCUGUGGUCACCUGGUUCAGGAAUGGCACCAAGAUUGAAGGCAGCAAGAAGUACCUGAUCUCCCAGCAGGACACCAACCACAGCCUCACCAUCACUGAUCUGACUUUGGAAGAUGCAGCUGAAAUCACUGCCAAUGCUGAAGGUGUAGAAAGCUCAGCCAACCUCCGAGUCCGAGAGGCCUCGAUCUCAUUCAAGAAAAAACUGGAGGCCAGGACAGUUGAAGAGAGGGACACAGUGACCUUGGAGGUCGAGCUGACCAAACCUGCAGAGGUGAAGUGGAUGAGGAACAGCAUUGUACUGAAACCCAGUGAAAAAAUAGAGAUCAAAGCUGAAGGAACAAAGCACACCCUGGUGGUGAAGGACAUCUCCUUUGCAGACAGGGGCUUCUACUGCUGUGAGAGUCCUGAUGACAAAACCCAAGCCAAGAUCAACGUGGAAAUGAGGCAGAUCAAGCUGGUGAGAGGUCUCCAGCCCCUCGAAGUCCCCGAGAAAGGGACUGUCACCUUCGAGGUGGAGGUGUCACACGAAGAGGUGGAAGGGACCUGGCAGAAGGAUGGAGUGAGGCUGAAGCCUUCACCCAACAUCAGCUUCGAUGUCCAGGGGAAGAAACAUUCCCUGACUCUUUCCUCAGUGGCUCUGGAGGAUGCAGGACUCAUCUCCUUCAAAGCAGGGGGCAUCCACUCCUCAGGGAAGCUCACUGUGACAGAACUGCCUGCAAGAAUCAUCAAACCUCUGGGAGAUGUCAGUGUGGCUCAGAAGGACAAAGUCACCUUCGAGUGUGAGCUCUCCAGGCCCAACGUGGCUGUCAAGUGGUUCAAGGAUGGGAAGGAGCUCCAGCAAAGUCAAAAAGUGGGGAUUAUUUCCCAGGGAAAUAAGAGAAGCCUCAUUAUUCACAAGUGUGAAUAUGAAGACCAGGGGACCUACACGUGUGAAACAGCUGGAGACAAGACAUCAGCCACCCUAAAAGUCCAUGCCCGAGAUAUCAGGAUUGUGAAACCACUGGAAGAUGUGGAAGUGAAUGAGUAUGAGAAUGCUUCUUUUGUCUGUGAGAUUUCACAUGAUGAGGUCCAGACCCAGUGGUACAAAAACGACAACAAACUGAAGGCUGCUGACAACAUCAGAAUGCACCAAGAUGGAAAAACCUAUUCCCUGACGUACACGCGCGUCCGCGUCGAAGACGCAGCUGAGAUCAAGUUUGUGGCAGAAAAGGCAGAAUCUCGUGCCCACCUGACUGUGAAAGAACUGCCUGUAAAAAUCAUCAAGCCACUGAGAGACAAGAUUGCCCUCGAAAAACAUCGGGGAAUCCUGGAGUGCCAGGUGUCUCGUGCCAAUGCCAAAGUGAGGUGGUACAAAAAGAAUGUUGAAAUCCACCCCAGUGACAAAUACGAAAUCGUGAGCGAUGGUGUCUAUCGGAAGCUCAUCAUCAACGAUGCAGGUUAUGAAGAUGAGGACACCUACACUUGUGAUGCCUUUGAUGACAAAAGCAGUGCUAAUUUCUUUGUUGAAGAGCAAUCCAUUAAUAUUGUAAAGGAAUUGUGUGACGAGGACGUGACUGAGCCUGAAGAAGCCAACUUUGAAUGUGAGACCUCCAUUCCAGCUGUGAAACCACCCAAAUGGUCUCUGCGUGGAGAAUUCCUGCAGGCUGGCAGGAACAUUGUCAUCGAGCAAGAAGGCACCAUCCACCGACUGACAAUUCUGAAAACCAAAGCUGAUAUGACAGGCACCAUCCAGUUCUCCAUUGGAAAAUCAAAAUCCACAGCACACCUGCUUGUCAGAGAUUGCCACAUCCAGAUCACCAGGAAGAUGGAGGACAAGACAGCCCUGGAAUGCCAUUCAGUCGUCCUGUCCUGUGACUUCAGGCCUUCUCCAAAAGUUGUGAAGUGGUUCAAGGGCCAAACACCCAUCGAGCCCUCUGAGAAGUACAAGAUCAAGAGGGAUGAGUAUUCAGCAGAGCUGAAGAUUUUGAAGGUGAAGCCUCAAGAUGCUGGGGUGUACCAGUGCAGGGCUGGAAAUGCUGAGACAGAAGCCACGCUGACUGUGGAAGCCCGCAAUGUAGAGGUCCUCAAACCCCUGCAGGACGUGGAAAUUGAGGAAGAGAGUUCUGCUGUCUUCUCCUGCCAGCUGUCCCACGAUGACGAGGAUGUGGAAUGGUUCCUCAAUGGCACCCUCCUUUACACCAACAAUUUCAAUGACAUCAGGAACGUUGGCAAUUGCUACAUGCUGACCAUGAAGCAGGUGAAGCCUGAGGAUGCAGGCACGGUGACAAUGAAGUCAGACAAGGUGUCGGAGAGCGCGCGUCUGAAGGUGAUAGAGAAGCCUGCUGUCUUCCUGAAGUCCUUGGAUGAUGUUUUUGGAGAGGAGAGAAGUGUGGUGAAGCUGGAAUGUGAAGUCUCCAAAGAGAAGGUGACACCUGUUUGGCAAAAGGAUGGUGUGGAGCUUACUUCCAGUAAAAAGUAUGAGCAGAUACAGUCUGGAAAGACCCUCUGCCUCCAUAUCCAUGACCUUGAAAAGUCAGAUGCAGGUUUAUACACGUGUGAUAUUGGCACUGAUGUUGCCAAGUCCAAGGUCAGCGUUCAGGAACUGAACAUUGGCAUCACCAAACGGCUGAAAAACACUGAAAUCCACGAAGGAGAAGAUUGCACUUUUGAGUGUGUUCUGUCCCACGAAAGCAUCGAUGACUUCAGCUGGACACUGAAAGGGAGAAAAGUGGAAAGUGGGGGGAGAUUUAAAGCUUCUAACAUGGGUCGGAAAUACACUCUCACUAUCAGAAAUGCCAUCCUUGAUGAUACUGGGGAAGUCAUUUUCACUGCCCGUGGCCUUACCUCCAAGGCUUCCCUCCUUGUGAAAGAAAAACCAACUGAGGUGACCAAACAGCUGGAGGAUAAAAUAUCAGCAGCAGGGCAGGACAUCACCCUGAGCUGUGAAUUAUCCAAAGCUGAUGUGAGCAUCAGGUGGUUCAAGGAUGGCAAAGCAAUUCGAAAAAGCCAGAAAUAUGACUUGCACCAAGAAGGAACAAGGGCCACCCUGAUCAUCCAUGACUCUACAGUCAAAGACAGUGGGGAGUACACCUGUGAGACAGAGUUCUCUAAAACAAAAGCCACAGUCACUGUGCAAGAAAAACCUAAUUAUUUCAUCAAGGAACUUUCAGACCUUAAAGUGAAUGAAAGUGGAACUGCAGUUUUCAUGUGCCAGAGUGAGAAAGCUGCAUCCUCUGUGGUCUGGAGGAAAGGCAUAGCUGAACUCCGGGCUGGCAAGAAAUAUGAGAUCAUCCAGAAAGGACAAGUCCUCCAGCUGACCAUAAAUAACCUGGAGAAAAGUGACAGUGACACGUACAGCUGUGACAUUGGAGAUGCCCAGUCCAGAGCCAAGUUAGUUGUUCAAGGCCAUAAAGUGCUAAUAACAGAAGACCUGGAGGAUGUCACUGUGUUAGAAGGAGAAUCUGCCAUGUUCAAGUGCAGAAUCUCUCCCGUAGACUAUAGCAAAGUGCAGUGGUUUUUGGAUAAAACCCCUCUCCAUACCAAUGAACUUAAUGACAUCCAGUCUCAGCCUGGUGGAUAUCACUUGCUAACGUUGAAAAAACUCUCACUGAAGGACUCGGGGGUCAUUACGUUUGAAGCUGGUGAUAAGAAAACUUCUGCCAGUUUGGUUGUGAAAGAAUCCCCAGUUCUUUUCAAGAAAGAGCUCCAAAACGAAGAAACAAAAGAAGGCAAACAAGUCAAGCUGAGCUGUGAGCUCAGCAAACCUGAUGCCCCAGUGAAAUGGAUGAAAGGAGACACUGUCCUCUGUGCCAGUGAGAAGUAUGAGCUGAAGCAGCGUGGCACCAUGGCAGAGCUCAUUAUUCGAGAUGUCACAGCAAUAGACUCUGGGGAAUACACCUGCAGCUCUGGGGAGCAAAAGACCACUGCCCAGGUGAAAGUAAAUGCUGUUCCUGUCCUUUUCAAACAAACCCUGGAGAACAAGGAGAUGGAAGAGGGGGAAUCUGUCUCCCUGCGCUGCGAGCUCACAAAAGCUGAUGCCAAAGUGGUGUGGAAGAAGGGAGAAACCACUCUCCAGGCAAGUGCCAAAUAUGAAAUGAAGCAGAAGGGGACAGUGGCAGAGCUGGUGAUUCAUAAUGCAGAGCCAGAAGAUGCUGGAAGAUACACCUGUGACACUGGAGACCAGCAGACCACAGCCCAAGUGAAAAUCCAGGCCAUCUCUGCCCUCAUCCAAGAAGAACUGAAGAGUGUGGAAGGUGUGGAAGGUGGGAUGGCCACCCUGCAAUGCCAGCUGAGCAAAGAGGCCCCUGUGGAAUGGAAAAAGGGGCAUUCUCUUCUCCGGCCAAGUAACAAGUACAGAAUGAGGCAGGAGGGCACAGUGGCUGAGCUGCUGAUCCACAAUCUGGACCCAAAGGAUGCUGGAGACUACACAUGUGUUGUGGGGAAGCAAAAAACCACAGCAGCCUUAACAGUCAAUGCCCUGCCAAUCCAUUUCAAAAAAGAACUGAAGAAUGAGGAGGCCACCGAGAGUGGGACAGCCACCCUGCAGUGUGAGCUGAGCCAGGCUGUGGGCUCAGUCCAGUGGAGGAAGGAUGGGAAGGAGCUGGUGCCCAAUGGGAAGUACAAAAUGAGACAAGAAGGACGUUUUGUUGAGCUGGUCAUCCAAGACCUGGACUUGGCAGAUGCUGGGAGCUAUACCUGUGUGUGUGGAGACCAGAAGACAACAGCUGCUUUGAGAGUGAAUGCCUUGCCUAUCCUCUUCCAAGAAGAACUCCUGAAGAAGGAAGCCACAGAGGGGGAGGCAGUCACUUUUCAUUGUAAACUGAGCAAACCAGCUCCAGUGGAGUGGAGAAAGGGCAAUAAGGUCCUCAAGCCAAGUGAAAAAUACAAAAUAGAGCAGGAAGGUCCCUUUGUGGAGCUGAGGAUCCUGGAUUUGGAUUUGGCAGAUGCUGGUGAUUACAGCUGUGUGUGUGGAGAUCGACAGACUACGGCUGCCUUGACAGUAAAUGUCCUGCCUGCUCUUUUCACCAAGGAACUGAGAGAUGAAGAUGCCACAGAAAGUAAAAGUGUCUCUCUGAGCUGUGAGCUGAACAAGGCUGCGGCUAGCGUGGAGUGGAAGAAGGGCUUCAAGACCCUCAGAUCAAGUGAAAAGUACAAAAUGAGACGGGAAGGAGUCGUUGCUGAGCUUAUAAUCCAAAAUCUAGACAUGAAGGAUGCUGGGAGUUAUUCCUGUGUGUGUGGAGAUCAGCAGACUGUGGCAGUUUUAACAGUCCAUGCUUUGCCUGCAUUUUUCAAAGAGGGACUGAAGAACAGAGAAGCCACAGAUGGGGCAACAGCCACUCUGCACUGUGAGCUCAGCAAGGUUGGUGUCCCCGUGGAGUGGAAAAAAGGGGACAAGCCACUGAAACCAAGUGAAAAGUAUAGGAUGAGACAAGAAGAUACCUCUGCUGAGCUGGUGAUCCGGGAUCUGGUGGUAGAAGAUACAGGAGAAUACACCUGUGUGUGUGGGGAUCAGAAGACCUCAGCUGUCUUGACAGUCCAUGCUUUGCCUGCCCUGUUCCAAAAGGAACUUCUCAAUGUGGAAGCCCCAGAAAACGGGACGGCUGUUCUGCAGUGUGAGCUCACCAAACCCACUCAGGUGGGGUGGAGGAAAGGGCAGAAGGUGCUCGAGCCUAGUGAGAAGUAUAAAAUGAGGCUGAAGGAUACCAUUGCUGAGCUGACAAUCCAUAGCCUGGAGGAAGAAGAUGCAGGAGAUUACACGUGUGUGUGUGGGGACAAGACAUCUACUGCAUCCCUGACGGUGCAUGCCCUUCCUCCACAUUUUAAGAAAGAGCUGAAGGACGUGGAAGCCACGGAAAAGGGCACAGCCACUUUCUGCUGUGAACUGAACAAGCCCUCAGCUGCCGUGGGAUGGAGAAGAGGAGACAAAACCCUGGAGCCAAAUGACAAAUUCACCAUGAGAUGUGAGGGCACAGUCACUGAGCUGGUGAUCCAGGAUUUAGAUCUGACAGAUGCUGGAGAUUACACUUGCUGUUAUGGAGAGCAGGAAACCACCGCUACGCUUAGAGUCAAUGCCUUGCCUGCACACUUCAAGGAAGAGCUGAAGGAUGAAGAAGCCCCAGAAGGUGGAACAGCCAUGCUCCAGUGUGAGCUGUCUAAGGCUGCCCCUGUGGAGUGGAAAAAGAAACACAAAGUGCUCAAAUCAAGUGAAAAAUACACCAUGAGGCAGGAAGGUUCUACAGCACAGCUGCUGAUCCAUGCUUUAGAAGUCAAGGAUGCUGGGGAGUACACCUGUGUGUGUGGAGAGGAGAGGACAACAGCAGCAUUGACUGUGCAUGCCCUUCCUGCUCUCUUCAAAGAAGAGCUAAGAAAUGAGGAGGCCAUGGAGGGUGAAGCAGUCACUCUGCGCUGUGAGCUGACCAAGACUGCUUCAGUGGAGUGGAAAAAAGGACAAAGAGUCCUCAGACCUAGUGAGAAAUACAAAAUGAGGCAGAAGGAUGUCACUGCAGAGCUGGUGAUCCAUGAUGUAGAUGAGAGUGAUGCUGGUGACUAUACCUGUGUCUGUGGGGAGGAGCAGUCCACAGCUUCCUUAGCUGUACAUGUCACCAAACCCCAGCUGAAGCAGCAGCUGAAGAAUGAAGAAGUGGAAGUGGGAGGAACAGCCAAGCUGCGCUGUGAGAUUUCCAUCAGCAAAGCAGAAGUGGAGUGGAGGAAAGAUGGGGCUGUCCUGCAGCCCAGCUCCAAAUAUGAAAUGUGGCAAGAGGGAACCUUCCGUGAGCUGAGGGUUCAUUGCUUGGAGCCUGGAGAUGCUGGAGUCUAUUCCUGCAAGGCUGGAGAUGAGAUGAGCUCUGCAAAACUGACCGUGAAAGAGCCUGAGGUGACCAUUGUGAGUGGCCUAAAGGACCUGGAGGUGUUUGAAGGGGACGAUGUCACCUUUCGGUGCCAGGUUUCUCACGAGAAUGCCAGGGAUGUGGAAUGGAAGCUGCAGGAUGUGGCUCUGCAAAACAAUGAGAUGAAUGAGAUCGCAGUGGAGAAAGGGAAGAUUCACACCCUGACAUUAAGGAAGGUGACUGAGCAGGACAUUGGCACCAUCACUUUCCGAGUGGGACCCCACACGUCAACAGCAGAGCUCACAGUAAAAGUGCCACCUCCAGUCUUUAAGAAGAAAUUGCAGAGCACAGAGCUGCAGGAGGAAGACACAGCCACCUUCUGCUGUGAGGUCUCCCAGCCCAACGUGGCAGUGGAGUGGAAGAAGGGCACCCAGGUCAUCUCCCCCAGCUCCAAGUAUGAAAUCCGGCAGGAGGGGACAAUCCAUACUCUGAAGAUUUAUCAUUUAAAAGAAGAAGAUUCUGGCAAAUACACCUGUGACAAUGGAAACGAAAUAACAACAGCCACUCUGAAUGUUAAAGCUUUGCCAGCAAGCUUUAAACAACCACUCCAGAACCAGCAAGCUGAAGAAGGUGGCAGCAUCACUCUGAGCUGUGAAACCUCAAAAUCAAACACCUCUGUGCAGUGGAAAAAGGCUGGGGUGGUGCUGAAACCCAGUGACAAAUACAAGAUGCAGCAAUUGGGCUCAAUGGCUGAGCUGACAAUUCACAACCUGAGUGGAGCUGAUGCUGGGGAAUACACCUGUGAGACAGGGGACCAGAAAACCACUGCGACUGUACUGGUGAAAGAACCAGCAGCAACCAUAGUGGAGAUGCUGAAGGACAUCACUUCCUAUGAAGGAGAAGAUGCUGUCUUCAAGUGCAGGCUGUCCCGGGAAACAACUCAGGAUGUCCAGUGGUUCCUGGGGGAUGUUCCCCUGCAAUCCAACGAAAUGAAUGAGAUCGGAGUCCAAGGGAAAUGUCACACUUUGAUCCUGAGGAAGGUGACACUAGAAGACUGUGGUCCCAUCAGUUUCAAAGUUGGGCAGCAUACCUCAACAGCAGAGCUAACUGUCCAAGUUGCUCCGAUCACCUUUGUAAAGCCUCUCCACAACCUGGAGCUUCAGGAAGGUGGCACAGCUCACUUGUCCUGCGAGGUCUCCAAACCUGAUGUCCCAGUGGAGUGGAAGAAAGGCAGCUCUGUGAUCCAGCCCAGCCAGAAGUGCAGCAUCAAGCAGGAGGGGAAGGUGCACACCUUGGUCAUUCGCGAUUUGAACCGUGCAGACGCGGGGGACUACAGCUGCCACACAGCUGGGGGAAAGACCAGUGCCAAGCUAGAGGUUAAAGCCCUGCCAGUGCAUUUCAAACACCCUCUGAAAAGCCAGGAGGUGGAGGAAGGGCGCGUGGCCCUCCUGCACUGCGAGCUGACAAAACCCAAUGUCCCUGUGAAGUGGAGGAAAGGAGAUGCAGUCCUGCAGCCCAGUGACAAGUAUGAGAUCCGGCAAGAGGGGACACGUGUUGAGCUCCUCAUCUAUGAAGCAGAGGCUCAGGAUGCUGGGGAGUACACGUGUGACUCAGGGGACCAGCAAACCACAGCAUCACUCCAAGUCAAAGUACUACCUGUGCUAUUUAAAGAAGAACUGAAAAAUGUGGAGUCUGAAGAAGGAGGAACAGCUGUCUUGCACUGUGAGAUCUCCAAACCAGAUGCCCCAGUUGAGUGGAGAAAAGGAGGGGUGGUCAUCGAGCCCAGUGAGAAGUAUGAGGUGAAGCAGAAGGGCAGCAUUGCUGAGCUGAUCAUCCACGGUGUGGAACCUGAUGACUGUGGGGACUAUACCUGUAGCACUGGAUAUGAGAUCACCACGUGCUCUGUGUAUGUGCAAGAAGAGGCAGCAGUGAUAGUUUCUGGUUUAAAGAACACAGAUGUCUUUGUGGGAGAGUCGGCCACCUUCACCUGUGAGCUCUCCCCCCCCGGCGUGAAGAACGUGCAGUGGUGGCUCGAUGGAUCUCCCCUCCACAACAACCUUGUGACUGAAAUCUCUGAGCAGGAUGGGAUGAUCCACACUUUAACCCUAAAUGACGUGGCGUGCCACGACUCUGGCACUGUUACCUUCAGAGCUGGGUCCCUAAUCUCUUCAGCUAAAUUAUUAGUCAAAGAUCCAACCAUUGAAGUGGUCAGUCCCAUGCAGGAUAUAACUGUUGAUGAAGAUGGCACAGCAGAGUUCAUAUGCCAAUAUUCUAGGCCAGUACACGCCACAUGGAAGAAAAAUGAUCAGGAAAUACAUGCAGAUGGGCAGCGAGUGAUUAUCGUUCAGGACUGGAAUGUAAGCAUGCUAAAAAUUAAACCUACGGUCCCAGAAGACACUGGCAUCUAUUCUUGUGAAGCUGAAGGCAUUAAAGUGAUGGCUGCACUUGAUGUUCAAGCCAAGAACAGCAUUGUCCAGGGCUUGGAGAAUGUGGAAGCCGUGGAAGGAGGGGAAGCCCUGUUUGAAUGUUAUCUUUCCAAACCCGAGUCCUACAAUUACAACUGGCUGAUUGAUGAUGAACCUGCCAAAACCACAGAAAACACUGAGAUGGUUUAUUUUGAGAAUGGACGCAGGCAUGUUCUGCUGCUGAAGAACCUGAGUCCCCAGGACAGCUGCAGGGUGACUUUUAUGUGCAGUGAUGCGGUGACCUCCGCCUUCCUGACGGUGAAAGGAUGGCGCCUCCAGAUCUUACAGCCUCUCACAGAUGUGGAGGUCACUUCAGGGGAGAAAGCCACAUUCAGCUGCAUUCUAAGUGAAGCUGUGCCAGUAAAUGAAGUCUCCUGGUACAGUAAUGAUGUGGAGAUCCAGUCAGAUGAGGACUGGGAGGUACAAGCAGAUGGAAACAAAUACAAACUUACACUGAAAAAAGCCCAAGCACAUCAUUCUGGAGAGGUGACCUUUGCUUCCAGGGAAGCAAUUACAUCAGCCAAGUUAUCUGUGAUAGAGCCCCAAGUUACAGUCACCCAACCUUUGGUGGGAGGAUCAGUCUCAGAAGGGCAGGUGGCUCGUUUGGAGUGCAAGUUAUCAAGUGAAACUGAGGAGGGAGUGAAAUGGUUCAAAGGAAAAGAACAAAUACGAGCUGGAGGGAGAUAUGAGAUCCUCUCUGAUGGAAAAAACCAGAUACUGAUUAUUCAUUCAUUUAAAGCUGAGGAUCAGGACACGUACACCUGCAUGGUUUCUCCAGAAGUCAAAUCUGUUGCCAGUUUGUGCCUUGAUGUUCCCACAGUGACAAUGCUAAAGGAGAUCUCUGGGGAAGAACCCCCUGCAAGACAACCAGAAGAGCUGGUGGAUGGCCAUAUGCAGCCCAGCUUGCCCCCUGAAGCUGCUCAGGAAGGAGACCUUCACCUCCUCUGGGAAGCCCUGGCCAAGAAACGGAGGAUGAGCCGGGAGCCCACCUUGGAUUCCAUCAGCGAGGUGCCCGAAGAGGAAGAGAAGCUUCAGAAGCUGAGGAAGGAGGAAGCAGAGAUGUCUCAUUAUUACUCAGAGGAGUAUUCCACCUGUGACGAGCUGGCUAGGACAGGAGAAGCAGAUUUCUCUUUCACAAGCUCAGACGAUGAGUCAAGAGCUGGGACUCCUUCCCUGGUGACCUACCUCAAGAAAGCUGGGAAGAAAAGCAUCACUGUUACUAGCAAGAUUCAGUCCACCUCCACAAGCAAACUAUGGAAACAGUGGGAGAAAUCCAGUUUGGAGACCGUGGUGACCACCCCACCUGCUAAACCAGCUGAACCAGAAAUGCCAGAUUUAGAUGACCCUUCCAUGACCCAAGCUGCUGUGAAGAUCCAGGCUGCAUUCAAAGGUUACAAAGUCAGGAAAGAGAUCAAGCAACAAGAGUGCCCGGUGUUUACUGAGACCUUCAAAGAUUUUUCUGGUGAGCCUGGAAGCACCCUCCACCUGGAGUGUGUGGCCCAGAGCAAAAGUGACAUGAAAGUUCGUUGGCUGAAGGAUGGGGAGGAGCUUUCAGAUGGUCGCUACUACCACAUAGAUAAUUACAGUGAUGGGACCUGCUCUUUGAUUAUUGCUGGCCUGGACAGGAAAGAUGCAGGUAAAUACACCUGUGAGGCCUCCAAUAAAUUUGGGAAGAUUUCCCACAGUGCUAAGGUGGUCAUUGGUGCUCAGGAACCUCCACUUCUUCUUAAGGAGAAGCAGAUGAAACAGAGCACUGACAGUGAGACAGAAAGCUCAUCUGGCAGUGAGCUGGAUGAUGCUUUCCGUAAAGCUGGGAGGAGACUUCACAGGCUCUUCAGGGCCAGGAUCUCAACGGAGAUCUCUGACGUGGAGGAAGAGCUCUUUGUCAGUGCAGAUGAAGGGGACAUAGAGAUGGUUGACCAUCAAACGUACCGGGAGGAUGACAGGUACAUCUACAUCAAGUUUGAAAUCAUGUCUGAGGCAAAAACUGCUGCCACUCGGUUCCGAGAGAUGUUUGGUGCCCUGGGGAUUCCCGUGGAGAUUGACAUUUUGGAACAAGGCCCUAAAAAAAUUGAACUGAGGAUUGGGAAAGCAACACCACCUGCCCAUGGGAAGUUUGGACCAUCAAUAGCAAGACCUCCACCACCUUUGCUGACUUCUGAUACAGCUCCCAUGUUCCUGACUGAACUCCAAAACCAGGAGGUACAAGAUGGAUAUCCAGUCAGCUUUGACUGCAUCGUGGUUGGCAAACCUCUUCCCACCGUUCGCUGGUUCAAGGAUGGGAAAGCCCUUGAGGAAAAUGACCACUACAUGAUCAACGAGGACCAGGAAGGGUGUCACCAGCUGAUCAUCACAGCUGUGGUCCCCACGGACAUGGGUGUUUACAGGUGCCUUGCUGAAAACAACAUGGGAGUUGCUUCAACCAAGGCUGAGCUUCGAGUCGACUUGACCAGCACUGACUAUGAGACAGCAGCAGAUGCAACAGAGACAUCUUCUUACUACAGUGCCAAAGAAUAUAUUUCAAGCCGAGAACAAGAGGAAUCUACUACUGAGGAGGAGCAAUUGCCCCAGAUCUUUGAUGAGCUUCAUGAUAUCCACGUGGCACCAGGAGCAUCACUGGCUAAAUUUCACCUGAAAGUGAAAGGGUACCCACAGCCUCGUCUCUACUGGUUCAAGAAUGGGCAACCACUAAAGGCCUCGGAUCGCAUCCUGAAGACGGAUAAACUGGAAUUCCACUCACUGGAAAUUCGUGAUGUCACUAAGGCAGAUGCUGGGCAGUACUCAAUAUUUGUCAUCAACUCUGCUGGUUCUGCAUUUUCAUCAGCCAGGCUGGUAGUCAAAGAUCCUUUUGAGAAAGAAGAGCCAUCAGAAAUAGAUUCCCAUGAGCAGCUGAUACCACCAAGGUUCCUAGAAAGAUUCACUAGCAAAAAGGUGAAAAAAGGUGCAAGCAUCACGUUAUCUGUAAAAGUUGAAGGACAUCCACCUCCAACUAUUACUUGGCUGAAAGAACAUUCUCGGGAAGGCAUCCUGUGGAUCAAGCCAGAAACUCCUGGGUAUAAACUUGCCAGUUCAAAUAUGCAUCACAGCCUAAUCCUGUUGGAUGUUAAGAAGAAAUACAGUGGAGCUUAUACAUGCAUUGCUACCAACCAGGCUGGCCAGUCCAUCUGCACUGCCACCCUGGAAGUUGCAGAUGUGAAAGAGGCUGAAGUUCUGACCCAGGAGCGUGUGAUGGUGUCAGAAGCCAUCAUGACCACACUGGGAACUAUUCAUCCCUCUGAAGGAGACCUUGAAGGUGGGAGAGGUGGGGUACCCAAAAGCCCCAUUUCAUUAGCUGAUGUUGGCUCAGAAGAAUUCUUCCAGAAACUCACCUCCCGUAUCUCAGAAAUGGUGUCUGCAAAAAUAAGUCAGGCAACACUUCGAGUGCCAGGGGGAGAAAGUGAUGAUGAAUCCAGAACUCCAUCUGCAUCUCCUCGACAUGGGAGAUCCAGACCUUCAUCCAUUGCUCAGGAAUCCUCCUCUGAGUCUGAAGAUGGGGAUUCCAGAGGAGAGAUCUUUGAUGUCUACAUGGUCACAGCUGACUAUGCUCCUGCUGCUCCCGACAAGGAGACCAUCACUUUGAAGGAAGGCCAAUAUGUGGAAGUCCUGGAUUCAGCUCAUCCUCUGAAAUGGCUGGUCAGGACUAAACCCACUAAAUCCAGUCCCUCUCGACAGGGUUGGGUGUCUCCAGCUUACCUGGACAAGAAAUUAAAGUUGUCACCAGAGUGGGGAACAACAGAAGCUCCCGAGUUCCCUGGAGUGUUUGUUUCUGAAGAUGAGUACAAAAGGAAGCUCAGUGUUCUUAUUCAAGAGCUGUUGCUCUCAGAAGAGGAUUACAUUCAAGACCUCCAGUUCCUCCAGACUCAUCACCUUAGGUACACUGAGACCUGUUCCAAUGUCCCAGGAGCUGUUGCCAGUCAGAAAUCUACUAUCUUCAGGAAUAUUGAAGACAUUGCUUACUUCCACUCCAGUGUCUUCCUCCACAGCUUGCAGAAAUGUGACACUGAUGAUGAUGUGGCCAUGUGCUUUAUUAAGAAUGAAGCAGAGUUCAAUAGGUACAUCCAGUACCUGGUGGGGAGGGUCCAGGCUGAGUCGAUUGUUGUCAGCAAAGCUGUCCAGGAUUUCUACAAGAGAUACACAGAUGAAAUUUUAACUAAUGAAGAUCCUUCCCAGCCACUCAUCCCACCACUGCAGCACUACCUGGAAAAACCCAUAAACAGGAUCCAGCAGUAUCAGACUAUAAUCAAGGAAUUAAUCCGAAACAAAGCAAGAAACAGCCAGAACUGCACUUUACUGGAACAAGCUUAUGCCAUUGUGUCUGCUCUGACCCGAAGAGCAGAAAAUGACCUCCAUGUCUCACUCAUUGAGAAUUAUCCAGGGACUUUGGAAAGCCUUGGGGAACCCAUCCGACAGGGCCACUUCAUUGUGUGGGAAGGAGCCCCAGGAGCUCGGAUGGCAUGGAAAGGACACAAAAGACAUGUCUUCCUCUUCAAAAAUUAUAUUGUCAUCUGCAAACCAAAGCGAGACACAAAGACAGACACCUACAGCUACAUCUUCAAGAACAUCAUGAAGCUGAACAACAUAGAUGUCAAUGAGUUUGUGGAGGGGGAUGACCGAGCAUUUGAGAUCUGGCACGAACGAGAAGAUCUGGUCCGCAAGUACCUCCUCCAGGCACGUACAGUCAACAUCAAGAACUCCUGGGUGAAGGAGAUCUGUGGCAUACAGCAGAGGAUCAGCGAGCCUGUCUGGAUCCCUCCAGAUUUUGAGGAAGAACUGGCAGAUUGUACAGCUGAGCUGGGAGAGACAGUCAAGCUGGCCUGCAAAGUGGUGGGAGCUCCCAAGCCGUCUGUCAGCUGGUACAAAGAUGGAAAACCUGUGGAGGUGGAUCCCCACCACAUUAUAAUAGAAGACCCUGAUGGUUCCUGCACGUUGAUCCUGGACAACCUAACAGGGCUUGACUCAGGACAGUACAUGUGCUUUGCUUCCAGUCCUGCUGGAAAUGCCAGUACCUUAGGAAAGAUUCUUGUCCAAGUGCCACCACGGUUUGUCAACAAGGUCAGGAAUGCUUAUCUUGUGGAGGGUGAAGAUGUUCAGUUUACUUGUACUAUAGAAGGAGCACCAAGGCCUCAGAUCAGGUGGUACAAAGAUGGUGUAAUGUUGAAGGACUCAAGUAAAUACCAGACUUUCAGUGAGCCACGGAGUGGUAUAGUAGUCCUGGUGGUCAGGAACCCUUCCAAUGAGGAUAUGGGACACUAUGAAUGUGAGCUGGUGAACAGAUUAGGGUCUGCAAAAAGUGGAGCAGAACUUUACCACCACAGUGCUGCAGCCCUGACCCAGGACAGGAGAGGAGACCAAGCUAUUACCAUAGAAGGAAUGACUUCCCCACAGCCAGAGAUGAAGACUACUGUCCAGGCCUCACUUGAACGUGCUGAUCAGGAGAUCAAGACAGCCCUAAGGAAACUCUUGGACUCAGCAUCCCUGUUGGUGACUCUUCCCCUGGGCAUGCAAGGAGGAGCUGGUGGCCUUGGCAUUCCUGGGGCUGUUCCUUCAGAUCACUCAGAAACAGCAGCCAGGUCACCUGUGUUACUUCACGAAGCCAGUACCCAAACCCAGGCUGAUGGAGGGCAUGACAAAGCUCAAAGGCAGAUUCCAGCUGAAGAACCAAGUGUGCCAAAGCCCAGCCCUGGUCCUUCUCCUGAAGAUGCAGCUGCUGGAGGUGAAAUCCCUCAGGAACGCACCGUGCCCAUUGACAGAACAUCACCAGCUGGAGGAGACUGGUACAGAAGGGAAGGAGAUGUGAUCUGGGAUGUGCACAGUGAAGUUUAUAUUGAGACCACUGAAAGAACGUGUGUGUAUAAGACUGAGGAGAAGACCCCAACAAGUCCUCCCUACAUGCAAGUGACAAUAGAGGAUGUGCAGGUCAAUGCUGGGGAGUCGGCCAGAUUUCAGGCAGUCAUCGAAGGAACCCCUGAGCCAACUGUUCUCUGGUUUAAGGGCACAUCACUGCUGACAGACAGCAACAGGCUCCAUCAAGGGAAGGAAGGAACAACAUAUUUCUUAGUGGUGGACAAUGCUGGCUUGGAAGAUGGUGGUGUUUAUACCUGUGUGGCCAAGAAUGCAGGAGGGGAGGUGCUGUGCAAAGCAGAGCUUGUCAUCCAUGAAGCUAAGCAAGACAAAGCAGCAAAGAAAGUGGCCACCAGGAGAAAGCUUCAUUCCCUCUAUGAGGUUAAGCAGGAGAUUGGAAGGGGCUGCUUCAGCUUCGUGAAACGAGUUGUGCACAAAGGCACCAGAGUGUCCUGUGCUGCCAAAUUCAUCCCUCUGCGCAGCAAAACCAAGGCUCGAGCUCACCAGGAGAGGGACAUCCUCAGCUCCCUGUCCCACGACAGAAUCACCCGGCUCCUGGAUCACUUUGAAACGCGGAAAACGUUGAUUUUGAUCCUGGAGUUAUGCUCCAACGAGGAGCUCCUCGACCGCUUAUUCAAGAAGAGCGUUGUCACUGAAGCAGAGGUCAAAUUGUAUAUCAAGCAAAUUUUGGAAGGAGUCAAAUAUCUUCAUGACAACAACAUCCUCCAUUUGGACAUUAAGCCGCUGAAUAUCCUCAUGGUUUAUCCUGGAAGGGAAGACCUGAAGCUCUGUGACUUUGGAUUUGCUCAGAAGAUGAUUCCCUUUGAGGCUCAGUUCAGCAAAUAUGGAUCUCCAGAGUUUGUUGCCCCAGAAAUUGUUUCUCAGUCACCAGUGUCAAAAGCAACUGAUAUUUGGGCUGUGGGAGUCAUCACAUAUUUAAGCCUGACAUGCAAAUCUCCAUUCGCUGGGGAGAACGACAGAGGAACCCUCCUAAAUAUCCAGAAUGGGAAAAUUUCAUGGACCAUUCCUGAUUUUGUUCACUUGAGUGAAGAUGCAAAGGACUUUAUAAAAGGGAUCCUGCAGCAGCAACCCACAGCCAGGCCAAGUGCUUUGGACUGUCUUUCCCACAGGUGGUUCAUGCAUAAUCUCCCCAUUGAAGAGGCUCAUUUCAUUAAUACCAAGCAGCUCAAAUUCAUUGUGGCUCGGAGCAAGUGGCAGCGGUCCCUCAUGUGCUACAAAUCCAUCUUAGUGAUGAGGUCUAUCCCAGAAAUCCUAGAAAGGACUCAUGACAACACCUCCCUGGCCAUCUCCCGGCAUCUUAUUGAAGAAAGCACUUCAUCCAGCACCAGUGGCUCCUCUUCAGACAACGAGAACUCCCACUUCCCCAAGAAGAGGCACUUUGGUUCCACACCUGAACUCCACGUGCCCGUGUUUGAUGCACCAAGCCACCAGGAGCCUCCGAAAUAUCCAAGUGAAGAGAAGCACUCCAAAAUCUCAGGCCCUCCAGUGAAACCCAUGAGGAGGAAGUAUUCUUCGAUGAAAGUUGGGGAAGGGGGAAAAUCACCUGCAGAAACCAAAGAGCUCAUGGCAAGUAUCUUAAAGGAGGAGAAAGUGGAAGGACUCCAUCCCAGGCUUCAUGAUGAAAGAGAAGAGCAGCCCCAAAGAAGCAGUGCUGCUGAGCCUUCAUCACAUCUGUAUCAGAAAGAAAAACCAGAUGUAUCUUUACCUGAUAAGGACAGAACUGAAAAGCCUGAGGAUGGGACAGAAAAGCCCUCUGUCUGUGUUCCUAGACAGAGUGUUAUCAAAAGCACUUUCUACAGCCAAGCAGCUGAGCUACCCGCAAAGGGACCUUCCUCACCAGGCAGGGAGUUCAGAAGGCACCUGGACAGAGCCAGGAGAACUUUCCGGAAAGCUGGAUAUUCAAAGGUUCCACUCAGUGGUCUCCGUGAGCCCCUUUUAGAGCAGUUUGAACUGGAAGAAGAAGAAGAAAGAGGAGGAGAUGAGCGCAGGGAAAGUCUGCUUGGUUCCUUGACCAAAUCUGCUUCUUUUGACAGCGCAAGGAAACCACCCCAUCCUGCCAUCACUGGUGCCACCAGGAGCCGUUCCCUGGAUGACUACAGGCUGAGACCCUCCAGGUCAUUGAGGGAAGAAGAUAUUUUGGAAGAAGACUGUGAUGUCUUGUCACAGGAAAGCUGCCCAGAAGGCAGUGAGCACUGCGAGGCUUCCCUGGGGCCUGGCAAGGGAUGUUCCAUAGGCACUGGGAAGCAAGAGGACUUGAGAAGAGCCAAAAAGGAUUGUUCAGGAGAGCAGCUCCCUCCUUCUACACAGUGUGAGGGUAAUGGGUGCCCAGAUGUGUUUGUGCAACAGCUGGAGACACCUCCAGUGUCACCUUGCAAGAGUGAGAAGAAGAAACCUUUACUGAAGAAGUCAAAAGCCACUUACAUUGAGGAGGAAGCUGAAGAUUUGGAAGGCAAAACUCGGGUUCUUACUCACUUCUCAGAGGUCACAGCAUCAUCAGCUCAAAAACAUGAAAGCAAGGAGGAUAAAUCUUCCCUUGGCCGUGUCUCUGACCUUGCUUUUCAGGAGGACCAAGAGUCCAUUUCAACUCUCCCACAGUCAGAGGGAGAGUCCAAACCAGCCCCAGCAAGGGAGGGAGAAAAGGAUCUGCCCCAGGAAUCUGCUCCAGGUACUGACAUCCCUCCAGAUCUAAAAGGUGGAAGUUUGCUCAUCAAGAGGACAGCCCCAGUUCCACCUUGGAAAGACAAAAGGCAGAAACAGUCACACGAGGAGACUUCUGCCCAGUCUGAUAUCAUUGAGCAGGGAAGUUCUGCUGUCCCAACAGGGCCUCAGACAGAAACGGGUUCACUUCCAGGAUGGAAAGGCAAAAGUCAGGAACCACCCAGUCAAAGUGUUCCAGCAACUCCUGCCUUGGUGGGCAAGCACCCAGGUACCCUGCACACAGCUGAUGAAGAUGCUCCUCGGCUGAAGACCUAUAAAGAGGUGAGAGGUGCUGUCCUGGAAGAUGAAGGACCAGAUGUUACAGGAAUCAUUGCAUUUUCAGCCCAUGAUGGUGAAAACCAAGCCCACAAGAGGGCUCCUGUUCAAGUAGAGACAGUGACAGCCAUCCUGAAGGGAGAGCAUCUGGCUUCAAAAAUCCCACCACCAAAAUUGAUGUGCACUUCAGUCUCUGAUGGAGCUGGAAGGGAACAGCCAGCUCAUAGCAAGGAGGAGCCUGUUGCUCUGAGGAGUGGAAGCUCAGCUGUCACAGAGGUUGUUUCCAGUUUGGCCCCUGAAAUAGAAGGAGCUGAGGCCCAGCAAGGCUUUGCAGGCAGUGACAUGCAGGUAUCUGCUGUUCUGCAGAGCAGAGACUCAGCUAGAGCUGUGUCCUCUCAGGAUACCACCCUCCCUCCCAUCUGGAAGAGUGAAAAGCAAGAACACCCCAAGGCAUCACUUUGCAGUGAGGUGAGAGCUGUGGUGACAGCAAGUGGAAGCCAGGCAGCAGGACAGCCCAUGGCUGUUUCUUUCCCCAAGGAUGGAGGUCAGGAGCAUCACAGGGCUACCCAUCCCAGGGGAAGAGCUUCUGCUGAUCUGGAGGGUGAAGCUCCAGGUGUUUUGACUGCUGCACAAGCAGAAGUUGCUCCAGCUUCAGUCUACGAGUUUGAGGAACAUCCAAAGGUUUAUGGUGAAGGUAGAGGUGUUGCCUUAGAAAGUGGAAGCUGUGAUGAUGGAAAAACUGCCCCACCACUGCUUCCCAGGGAAGGGAGCCAGGAGCUCUCCCAUCAUGGGUCUUUUUAUAGUGAUGAAGAGUCUGCUGCUCUGGAGGGCUUAGUGGAUGAGAUGGUUUCCCUCUCUGAAGAGAUGAAUGUUUGGGCAGAUUCAGUUUCGGGCAAGAAGGGAUGCAGAAAGCACAUUUCCCCUUCCACAGAGAUAUUCUACAAAGCACCCCCAGACACUUCCUUCCCUUCUGCACAAGGGGAUAAAAGAGAAGUCUCUGAACUGGAUGGCCUUGCAGAACCCUGUCUUGUCGGGAGUGAGGAGUCAGUGGUACAGGAAAGGCAGAGUGUCCAGACAGCUCCUCAUGAGUGUGAGCAUCUGGAGGACUUGGCAUUUGAGAAUGCCCCAUCCAGCAUCUCCUCAACAGAAAGCUUGGACACUGGGAAAAGACCCAGCCAGGUGUCAGUGAGCAAGGACACUGGCAGACACCCAGAAGUCUCUUUAGUGAAAAUCAAAGACUUGUCAGAUGAAGCACCCAGCCUGGGCAGUGGGCCUCUAAAAUUUGACAUCUCCGAGGUAGAACCUGCCUAUCUGAAUUUCUCUGACCUCUAUGACAUUGUCUACUUCCCCUUUGAGUUUCUGAACUACAGGAAGCCUCCACCCAAACCAACUGGCAGGAGGUUCCCAGCUUUUGGUGAAAGGGCAAGGUCACCUCCUGCAGGACACUUCCAUAAGGACAAAAGACUCUGCAUCAGAGAAGAGGCAGAGGACAAGAGCAGGAAAAACCAUUCAGAAAUACCUGAAGACUCGAAGGGAACUGAUUUAUUAGCCAUGGGGAAAGGGUUAGAGAGUCAUAAGAAAAUGUAUGGCCCCCAAAAGGACUCAAGUGGGAAGCAGAAAAGCUCCUUCUACAGUAAACCAGGACUCUUCAAGCCAUAUGCAAGGUCUCAUUCAGUAGAGCAGUCAGCAGAGCAGAGUCUGAAGCAGAAAGUAAAAGCUUCUGUUGCCCAUAUUUCAAGAAUCCUGAAAGGAAAGAUAUCUCCUGAGCCAGAGGAAGCAGAGUUUGGUGAGCUGGGAAGAGAGGCAGUAGAAAAAGAGGUGUUGGAAGGGGCUGAAGAAUCUCUGAAGAGGAAAUCAGGACUCUCUUCAUUCAAGUUUUCAAGCCUCAUGCCAAAGGAGAAAGCACCUUCCUUCACUGAGGACCUCAUUGAUCAGGCAGCUGCCGUGGGGCAGUGUGUGACCCUCUCAUGCAGGACAGCAGCUCACUCCUCCCUGCACAUCGCCUGGUUCCGAGAUGGGAAACCUGUCCAGAGCAGCAGCCAGAUCCUCAUCUCAUCCACUCUGAAAAACUUCCAGCUCUUAACAAUUCUCUCUGUGACUGCUGAUGAUUUUGGGAUUUACACCUGCGUGGCCACAAACUCCCUGGGCUCAGCAUCCACCUCUUGUGUCAUAAGAAAAACAGAGCUUCCUCCCAGCCCUCCACCCCCUGACAUUGUGGAAGUCCAUGAGGAUGGAGUUCAGGUGGUCUGGAAGCCUGUGGAAAGCAACAUCCCUGUCCAUUACACCAUCCAGUGCAAGACUGAAGAUGGGGAGUGGACAACUCUUGCUUCUGACCUCACUGACUGCCGCUACCACGCCAAAAACCUCUCCCAGGGGCUCCUCUACUCCUUCAGGAUCUCCUGCAGCAGCCGGGCAGGAACGGGCCCUCACAGCCACCCCUCUGCCAGUGUGAGAAUCACUGGGAAGGACCAAAGGGAGCUUUGUCCUGAAACACAGAAAUUCCCAGCAGCUGAAGAAGAGAGUGAAAUCAUUGCACCCUCUGAGCCUUUCCCAACCUACCAAACCUAUGCCUUCCAGACAGAGAUCAAAAGGGGACGUUUCAGCAUCGUCCGGCAGUGCAGGGAGAAAGGAAGUGGCAAGACUUUAGCUGCCAAAAUUAUCCCUUACUGGCAAGAGGACAAGCAGACCGUGCUCCUGGAGUACCAAGUCCUGAGGAAGCUUCACCACACCAACAUAGCCCAGCUGAAGGGAGCUUACGUCAGCCCCAGGCACUUGGUGCUGAUCCAGGAGAUGUGUGUGGGACCAGAACUGCUCCACUCUUUGGCACUGAGGACAUCCUACUCAGAAGUGGAAGUCCGGGAUUACCUGUGGCAGAUCCUCAGUGCUGUUGAGUACCUGCAUGCACACAGCAUCCUGCACUUGGACCUCAGGUCUGAAAACAUGAUCAUCACUGAGCCCAACCUCCUGAAACUCCUGGAUUUUGGCAAUGCACAGUUCUACACACAGGACACAGUCAUCACCAUGGACAAGUGCAUGGACUAUGUUGAAACCAUGGCUCCAGAACUGCUGACAGAGCAAGGAGCUCUCCCACAGACUGAUAUUUGGUCCAUCGGAAUCACAGCCUUCAUCAUGUUGAGUGCCAACUACCCCGUCAGCUCUGAUGUACCCUGCGAUUUUCUGAGAACCACCAGGAAAGGGAAGGUGAAGCUCACCCGGUGCUACGCGGGUCUCUCGGGGGGAGCAGUUUCCUUUCUGCAGAGCACUCUGUGUGCAAACCCCUGGGGAAGGCCAUCAGCCUCUGAGUGCCUUCAGAACCCGUGGCUCCAGGAGACAGGUUUGGACAGCAGGCAGCAAGCCCUGGUCACCUUCCCCACCACCAAACUGAGGAAUUUCCUCACUGACCGGGAAAAGAAGAGGGGGUUGCUCUGCUCCAAGUAUGGCCUCAUGGUUGCACAGUGAUGUGGGAUGUAACCAAGGAUGUCAAGUUUAUCUCCUUCCUCCCCUUCCACCCUUAGUGUUUGGCACCAAAAAAAGUCCUGCCAAGUUGCUGUGCAUCAGCUGAGCUUGCUGGAGCUGCUCUUGGCCAAUGCAAUUAGCAGAAUCCAGCAAAUUAAUGCCCAUUUUCAUGCAUUGCCACCAGGUAAGAAGGGAAAUAGAGACCUAACAGGGCUCAGCUGACUACUGGGAACUUGGCAGUGUGUGUAUCCCUUGGUUGCAUGCUCCCUGGAAAGAUUUCUGAUUUGCAGCUUUGCAAAUCCUUCCCUGUGGUCAGGAAGGUUGGAGCUGUGCAAAUGCUGGGCACUGAUUUCUUCCCCUGGCCCCAGGCUGUGGUACCCAGAGAUGAUUUCAGGUGUUACUCCCCUGCUCAUCCCACACUGACCAUCACAGCAAGGGUUGAGUGCCUGGUGGGUUUUCUGCUUGCCUCCAGUCCAAAAAAAAAAAUAAAAAAAAUCCAUGAGCAGUAAAGAUGGGGGGAAAAGGGAAAAGUGGAGCAUAUUUUUUUGGACUGGUGUUAGUCAGCAAUGUAUCUUCAGGCUUUGGGAACUGGGAGAAGUCAUGUAUAACUUGGCCUGAGAUGACAGCUGACCUUGGUUGGAGCAGAAGGUUGGUUCAGAGACCUCCUGAGCUCCCUCCCAACCUUCCUUGUCCUGUGAUCCCAUGUCUUUGCCAAGUGCCAGGCACAAUGCUGGUGUGAUGGGACUCUGCAAGCAUCCAUUGGCAGUCAGGCUCAGCAGGACACUGACCAAGCCAAGUUCUCCACCAUCCUCAUGGGUCUGACAGAAGAUUAAGUCCAGAAUUCUUCCAAUUGUGAAGCAAGAAGAGGCUGCAAAGGAAGGAGCUGUGUGUAACCUGUGUGUCAGUGAUCCCACAAACACCUUAACCUUGGCUUUUCAUGUCCUCUGAGGAAACUCCUUCCCACCCAAGUCAGAAGAAUCAAGCAGAGCCUCCAUAAAAGCAGCCUUGUAGCACAAAGUGUGUGUGGGGAGGGCUACAGCAAGGAGGUUUUCCAGGAACUGAUUAUUUUACAUCCUGCUUCUGCAGGAGGCCAGAGCUUGCUUGGCUUUGAGAAGAGUCAUUGCUCUCCCUGCGAUCCAAAUGGACCCUCUGGAUGCUGGAGCAGCCCAGCUCCUGCUCUCUUAGAACCCAGGCCACUGCUGUGUGGCUUCAGGAUGUCAUCAGCUUACCAGCUGCACAUCCACUCACACAGAAUCACAGAAUCACACUGUCCUGUCUGCAGAGCUCCUAAAAGGUUUCAAGGCUUGAAAACACCAUAAAAUCUGGUUUUUUGGGGGGCUGCAUGUGUUUGAGGCCUCCCAUUAGACCUGGGUGUUAGACUUCCCCAUCACACAGGAUCUUACAGCAACUCCUCACCUGUCUGACUCUAUCUGCAUUGAAUUAUUUUAAUAACAUGGUAAAGAACAAACCCACAGCUGCAGUCCUGGAAGAAACCAAGCUGUGAUUUGGUGGAUGAGCAUCUCUGGGACAGGUGAUCCCUCUAUGGCCAGGAUGCUGACACACAGAGCAUUUAGCUCUGUGGCUUUUCCCAGGAUCAGGGCUAAGAUAGGCUUGUGCAGAAAGAAGAAAACCUUUCCUCAGCAUACCCAAGCUGCCAGGUGGUGGUGGCACUGGUUCAUUCCCUAUCAGAAAUGCUCACCUGGUUUGCUUGGUUUCACUGGGUUUGAAUCCCUGGGUCCUGCCUGCCACAUUCCCACAGGUGCUGGGGAUUUGUAGGAUUCACUUGGCCACCAGGAAACAAGGGCAGCAAGCACAAAAAGCAACCAGGACCUUGUCACAAGCAGAUGUUGUAUCACUGGGAGACAUUUACCACUCUUAACCUGGGCUGCUCUUCUCUGGGGAGUGCCCAGGAACAGCUGCCAGGAGAUGUGGCACCAGCAGUGGCACUGACAAAUGUCACCUGUAUUAAUUCCUAAAAAAAAAACCAACCAACCAAAAAAAAAAAAUUGAACUUUCAUGUUCCUCUUGCUCCUCCAAAAUCUGCCUUCCUUCAGCCUGGAUGGCAGUAGCUGUGUCACUGCUUUGCACUCAUAACCCCCAUGUGCCUUUGAGCUUCUCUGAAGUGUGUGAUUUAUUUUUUGGUGUCCUUGAGUCUCUCCUGGUUUCCUUCCAGGCAGCAGUAAGCACAGGGUUUCUUAGUGCUGUAUCUGGCUGCAUUUAGAGGGAUAAGGAGAGGAAAGCAGCUGCUAACACAUUACAUUUUUAAUAUUAGAAGUGAUGCUGUUUGAGCAUGGGGUGGUCAUUGGCUUCACACCUUUAACCUGGGUUUUUUCCAAACCUGAAGCAUUCGGCAUCACAACUCCUUCCCUUGCACAGUGGCAGAGCAGGAAUCACAGCUGAGAAAGGAGAUUUCACUGGGGAGGACAGACACUAAAGCUUUGAGCAUCAUUGUCCUCACUAAGCACUGCAGGAAAAAAAGAAAUGAGGGUUUAGGGACAGAUUCCAUGCUCAGUUCUCUUGGGGAACAGAGGACUGACACAAGACAGACAUUGGGAUGACACCUGCCCCCCUCCAAAAGUAUUCAAGGCCCUGGAUUCCUUCCAGUGUAACUUCUUUUACAAAUCCAAUAGGUUUUCUGUUUGUGUUGCUUCACACAUUGGGAUGGAAAGCUCAGUGCCAGGGGACGACCCACGUAGGCAUAAAAGUGAAUCACAGAUUAACUCCUUCAGAGCUUUCACACUCUCAGUAUUUCAAUAUUUGACUCAGAUGAAGUGAUUUGUAUUUUAUUUUUUGCUUUUCCCAACUGCAUGCACUUGAGCAUGUCUGAAGUCUUUUCCAGACUUAACAUUGUUUGGUUAAAUAAACCAUUCUGACAAGGAAGUAAAGCCAGUUUUUUUCUGCUGAA